AUGGCUCGCGCUUCGCUUGACUCGGAGAGGCCUAUCAUGGCCCCCUCACAUACCGACCCAAAACGAUUCUCAACAUAUAGCGGAGUUCCCUCGUUGGCUGCCUCCGACCUGACUACCAGUACGCUGCCCAGUGGCGAUUCCCGAAUGGCCGAUAUCAAGGAUUACUCCGAAGGCGUCGAGCGUCUCGAAAACAAACCCCUGGACAAACAGCGAUUCGUGCCCAGCGCAGAGAAAUCCGACAACCUGAACAAACUGGCUCUCGGAGCCAAGGUCGAACGUGCGCUCGGGCGAAGGAUGACCAGCCAAGACGCCGUCAUGCGGAAGCCCGUUAUCUUGGACGAGAAGAAGGCCCUGGACUGA